UUCACCGAGAACUUGCCACUCACAAUAUGGCGGACUCGCUCAGCCAUCUACCUCGCAAAGAAGCCAGUGUGGCGUCCUCUCCUCUACGUCUUGCCCAUCUUGUUAAACUUUUAUUUUGAAACCAGAAGUGUUGUAUUCAUUUCGUCGCCAUUGGCCGCGUCUUGUCAGCUGACUGUGUUUCCUGUUGGGAGAGGAAAAGUUUUGAAACCCCACCCUCCGCAGCGGCUGUAAGCAACGACGUUGCAGUGGUCCGAGGAGCUGACCGCUGAAGGCUGACCGAGGAGGAGGAACGGAGUAGAAGUUCUCACGGAGCAGUUCCGCUGUCUGGAUACCGUCUUCAUGAAGCGGAGCACCGACGUUCCCCGGGCCCGACGCUGAACACCCAACAGGAACUAAAAGUUAACGGGAAUUGUUUGUUUUUCUUCGUUCUUUCUUCUCUGGAAAAUAAAGCCAAGCAGGUUUGGAGAACUCUUCCUGUUCCCAGUGUCGGCGGUUCGUUGUUUAUGUGUGAGCUCCUUCAUAACACAGUCAGCAUGGAUGUUGUGGGAAUGCGGGAUUUCCUGUGUGGUCACCGCAGUGUUGCAUUCAGGCGCAUUUUCUGGAUCCUCGGGCUUAAAUAAUGAACAGUGUUCAGCGCUUGAAACUUGUCGUAAAACACUGGUUGGCCGGACUGAAUGCUCCUUUUCCUGCCAUUCUUCUCCUCCUCUCAGCGCUUCCUGCUUGUGGUGGCCACUGCUCUUAAUUGCUAAAAAUACAUAAAAAAAAACUGGACAUGGACAGCCAAGUGUGCGCGAAAUGUUGAUUUGGAGUCUUAUAUGCGAGCUACGAGCAGUUUUAUUCCUGAACUUUUACUUUAAACUUUGACUCUUCACACUUGGAACUCAACAGGUGGUGGUUCUGAAUGAGGGGAAAAAAUAGGACCAGUUCAGGCAUAAUGAGCUGAUUCCAGAACCUCUUAAACACAGGCUGAUGAGAUGACAAUAUACUCAAACCACGUGCAGGGAAACCACACACCACAUCAAUCUUAUGGAGUUACUCACUGCCUUCUUUCUGAGAUUUGAUAAAAGUUAGGAAAUGCAAAAACCGUCUGAGGGCUCCUAAAUGGAAUGAUCUGAGUUUAAUGCCAGAACAAAUGCAAGACACUUGGCUUUCAUUUGUCCUUAAAUCCUCAUCUAUAGCCCACUUGUUGGUCUUUUGAACACAUCUCAUUGGUCCCUGAUGAGACAAGAAAGACAAGAAAGGGAGCAAGGUGUCAUAGAGUACUCCUUUGUACUUUAUUUUCAGACCCCUGGAGUGUGCAGUCGGAUCCAGUCAGGUUAUCUAGAGGAGGCUCCAUGGAACCGCUGAAGAACAUAUUCAGUCGUAGCUCGCUGUCGAACUGGAAAAAUUUGGAUCAGUCCCAAAAGGGGAACUUCACCAACCCUGUAUGGACGGCCUUGUUUGACUAUGAGGCCUCCUGUAAAGAUGAGCUCACCUUGCGUAAAGGUGACCUGGUGGAGGUCCUCUCUCAGGACUCUGAGAUAUCUGGGGAUGAGGGCUGGUGGGCAGGUAAGGUCAACAACAAGGUGGGCAUCUUCCCAUCCAACUACGGCUCCUUCAAGCCAAGUGGAUAUGCCCAGCUUCCAGGUAGCAGUGUGGUAGAGGAGCUAAACCGUGCUGUGGUUGGCAAUGUUGAUCCCGAGGAGGUGGAUUUCCGGGAGCUGAGCUUGGAGGAGGUAAUUGGGGUUGGGGGCUUUGGGAAAGUGUAUCGUGGUACAUGGAGGGGCGAGCUGGUUGCAGUAAAAGCGGCUCGGCAAGACCCAGAUGAGGACAUCAGCGUGACAGCGCAGAACGUGAGGCAGGAAGCCCACCUGUUUGCCAUGCUCACCCACCAGAACAUCAUCGCCCUGAAGGGUGUUUGCCUGCAGGAGCCCAACCUCUGCCUCAUCAUGGAGUAUGCCUCAGGUGGACCUCUUAGCCGGGCGCUGGCUGGCCGCCGCAUUCCGCCUCAUGUCCUGGUCAACUGGGCCGUGCAGAUAGCCAGAGGGAUGCUUUACCUGCACAAUGAGGCCAUCGUCCCCGUCAUACACCGGGAUCUCAAGUCCAACAACAUUCUGUUGGCUCAGCCCAUAGAGAACGAAUGCAUAGAGGGCCUGACGUUGAAGAUCACCGAUUUUGGCCUGGCGAGAGAGUGGCACAAGACCACAAAGAUGAGCACGGCUGGCACCUACGCCUGGAUGGCCCCGGAGGUCAUCAAGUCCUCAACCUUCUCCAAGGGCAGUGAUGUUUGGAGCUACGGGGUCCUGCUGUGGGAGCUGCUAACAGGGGAGGUCCCCUACAGAGGGAUUGAUGGUCUUGCCGUUGCCUAUGGAGUCGCCGUCAACAAGCUCACCCUGCCCAUCCCUUCCACCUGUCCCGAACCCUUCGCUCAGCUCAUGUCAGAAUGCUGGGACCAGGACCCUCAUCGAAGACCCGACUUCUGCUCCAUCCUGACGCAGCUCACCGCCCUGGAGCAGCAGGUGAAGGAAGAAAUGCCACAGGACUCUUUUCACUCACUGCAGGAUGACUGGAAGCUGGAGAUCCAGGAUAUGUUUGAUGAGCUGCGGGCCAAAGAGAAGGAGCUGCGGUGCCGUGAAGAGGAGCUCAAGCGAGCAGCUCUGGAGCAGAAGUCCCAUGAAGAGUUCCUGCGGCAGCGGGAGCAGCAGCUGGCCCAGUGGGAGCAGGACGUCUUCGAACGAGAGCUCAGCCUCCUCAUCCUCCACUUGAACCAGAACCAAGAGAAACCAAACGUCAAGAAGAGGAAGGGCACUUUCAAGAAGCACAAACUCAAAAGCAAGAAUGGCGAGAAGAUCAGCAUGCCACAAGAUUUCAUCCAUAAAAUUACAGUGCAGGCAUCCCCGGGCCUGGAAAAGAGGCGGAACUCUCCAGAUUUGGGCUCAGGCUCCUCGCCUUCCUUCGGCCCACGGUUUCGUGCAAUUCAACUCAGCCCCAGCGACAACAGCAGGACUUUUGGUCUCACCCCUGUUCGGCCAUUAGAGACCCCCUCUCACAAGCAAUGCAAUGGAGACCUGAGGUUGAACCCACACUGGAGGCCCCAGAGCCCCAAGAGUCCCAAAAGCCCAAAGGUUCUGCGGCUGAGUCUCCAGGAGAGUUUAUCAAUGAGGGCCAAACUGCUGGGGUCAGACAGCAAUGAGAACGGAGACGCCAUGGAUGACUUUGAGGAGUACCGACCCUCCACACCAACCUCGGCCUCCACGCAAAACGGCUCCUCAUCGAAGGACAGCCUGCAGCUCCCUCUCUCCCAGGGAGACUCUGGCAGUGAGGAGGGAGGUUACUCCCCAGCCGGCUCCCCCAUGCCUGAGAGGGGUCCUCUUGGCAGCAUGAUCAAGAACACACACCGGGCAUUGCUAGGUUGUGGCUCCCUCUUGGCCUCCGUAGCACUAGGUCGAGGAUUGGAUGUUCCCCCUAGGGUGCCCCCUCGAACUAACCCCCCCUCCUCUGAGGACCGCAUCUCCUUUGAACUUGAGAUCUCCCACCCUAGGCCCCUAAUAACAGACCCCCCUGUGGUUGAUGACCUCAUCACCUUCUCCACCUCUGAGCCGCUCCCUAGACCCCUGUUGGAUUUAGCCCUACAGUACCAAGAGCUAAAACCUUUGCCCCCGACGGCGCCUCCGCCGAAUCCCCGUGAGAGGUCCGGCCCCCGGACACCGCAAAUACAGCACAGCCCACCGAGUCCCGGGACCCCACUGCAGCAGGAUAGAGCCAUCCCAGGAGACUGGAAUGCUAGUUCUAGUUCCAGCAAUGGAGAGCUGAGCAACGAGGGCUGGGAGCACAGACCUGACAGGAGGAGGAGGUCCAGCUAUGGGCUGCAUGCUUCUCAGCUAGUCCUAGAUCUGCCCCUAUGCCAAGACACACUGGACUUUGAGGACAAGGCUUCUGUGCCCUAUGCUCUCCACCCCAACCCAGCGCUAUGGAGCCCCAAAACCCGCCGCCUGGAGGUCAGUGUCAUUCCCCGGCCACGCCCUUCUCCCAUACGGCCCCGCAUUGACCCUUGGAGCUUCAUCUCUGCAGGCGGCGGCAUCUCAACUGGAGGCCGUAGCCCGGUCCGUUCGGACAGCCACCCUUUGGGUUACCAGCCCUCACCCACCAACCCUUUCACCAGCUGUGACCCUUUCCCCUCUCCGGACUGUGACCCCUUUGCCCUCAAGGCGGACCCUUCGAACAGCUCUGAUGCUGCGUCCCCCUUCGACCCUUUCUCUGCUCCGUUUCCAACGUCCCGUUCUGCCCCGUGCUCUGCAAAUGGCUCCCCCACACUGCCAUCGUUCCGCAUCGCGCCCAUCAAUCCGGCAGACCCAGCCUUCAUGGACCUGCGCUGGGCAGCUUGCAGCAAGCCUCUGGAUAUGACCAAAGAGAGGGCCCACCCCCGUAGAACACUGGGGCUCAAGCCCUUCAAGUCUCCGACGCAACACAGAGACGAUCGGUUCUGAAUCCAGUCUCAUUUCCAGUUAUGGAUUAUACACAAUGCAGACUUCAUCCCAGUAGCUCAGUCCAGGACCUUACUACUGGUUUAUUGUUGGACGAAAACUUGGAACCUUAAAAUUUAAAUCCUACUGAGGGAGGGGGCUGCAGUUCUUAUUUAUAUACCAGCCUGGUGCUUUGAAAAGCACAAAGCCAGUGGAAAGGUAGUACAAUGGAUUGUGGGAUAUCUGCCUGUGAACCAACUGCUGGUGCCGAUUUCAUUUUUCCUGUCUGUCUCUGUUACUGCUGUCCCUUUGAAGGAGCAGUUCAUAGAUCAGCAGCCUCAUCUUGAGCUUAUGUCAGCCUGCUCGUAUCACCUGCUUUCUUUCUCCCCAUAGCUUUGAAGCAUUGUGACAAUACAGAGGUGGAUCAGGCCAUUUUUACAGCUUCAUCCGCCUCUACUGCGCUGCAGACUGACAACGUUCAGGACAAUGAUAGAAAAUUGGAGUGCCUUAUUUUGUGAAGUGUUUUUAAUAUCUCUUCGAAGUUCCUGUGAACCGUUUAUCUGGUGCACACCUAAGAUGCUAGGAAUUUGACCUAAAUUUCCAGACCAUGUUAAAGAAAUCAUGUGCGUUGCAUCUGUGUCUCAUUGUUCAAACAAAGCUUCUUUUCUCUUAACUGUUUGCUGCCUUAUGGUAGAAUCCACUCACAGCAGCUAUUCUAGGCCGCUCAUGAAAUUCAUAACAAAACCAUGACUCGGGCGUUCCCCUCAGAAGCAGAAAGCAUUCCAGUCACAUUCCUUGGGAAACGCCAGGGAUUGGACAGAUCCACUCGGCUGGCAGGCGGCGCGGCACAGGAAGCGGGAUGAGGAGCCCUCUGCAUCCCCUCCUCAUGCCAAGGAAUGCCACUGAACGCUCGGACAAAAGGUGCUUACAAAUAAGCUGUUUUCAGCUCCGUGUAGUGCCAGGCCCAGGCAGCAGAGCAGCGCAGACAAAGAUGGGCCGGCUACAUAUGGGCUGAACACAAACAUUUCAUUAUGGUAGCAAAGUCAAAAUCUUACAUUCUUCAUAGAACUUGAAAACGCUUUAGAGCUUUCUAAAAAAAAAAAAAAAAAAAAAUCACUAACCCAAAUACUACAAUAUUUACAUUUAAAGAAAUCUUGGUGUUGAUCCCUUGUUUUCCAGACGUUAUGGACGAUAUAGUUAUCUGUUGGGAAGAUUAAAACAGCUCAAACAUCUAAAAGCAGCACAGCUGAUGCUGAGUUUUAGAUUUGUAUUUACUUUUCACUGUUUUCUCAUCAUUGGCCAGCGUCUCCAUGCUUUUCAGAAAAACACGGGAUUUGAUUUUGAUGCAAUGAAAAAUUCACUCUUCUGUUGCUUUUUAUUUAAGAGAAAAGUGCAGAUUCUAAGAUUUAACUUUUAGUAAUAGUCGUUAAUUCCUUGCCUGUAGUAGAAAGAUGUUCUAUCACACUGAGUUUGUAGAAACAUGAGGCAAUCCUCAGAGCUGUGGAUGACUUCUUGACCUCCCUUUUAACUGAUUUUAGAUAUUAACAAGUUAAACUGCAGUGGGGGAGGCUGUUGGCUGCGUCAGACCGCCUGAUCAGCUGCUGUCUUGCUAGCCAUGAGCCUUCCACUGCUUUUGAGGAAUCCUUUACUUUUAUACAACUUCAAUUCCAAGAAAUCCGAGCUUUUCCCUGGGACGUUGGGAUGUUUCUUCCUCAUUCUAAACUCAGACUGCUCACAACCACACAUAUCAGUUUUAAAACACUAUCAGUUUGUUUUUUCAUACAUUUUCUACCAUAAAAUCUCCACAUACUUCCACAUUAAGAAGUCUUGAAGGUAAAUCGUCCUGAUUUCUUUGGCUUUCUCAGACAUUUCAACCAUCCCGUGGGUCUUUCUUUGACACUGGCCAUCAUGGAGUUGCCAAGCAACUAGCUGAGACAUCUAGGCCACGUUAUACAGUCAAAUUGGUGGAUUUCUGUUACAUUUGCUCUGAGCCUGUCUGGCUGUUUUGGUUGGCUUCAUGCUUUAGUUGUGGUUAUAUUAAUUUGAGAGUGCCUGAUCGGGUGACUGAUGAUAUCAUUUACAUUCCAGACUGUCGAUGGGAUGUUGGCUUUGAUCUUAUGUUAUCUUAUCUCAUUCAUAGCAGAAAGCCUUCCUGUUAGCUAAGAAUAGUUUUAAAUAUCACAAAGUCCAGAUUCUGACUGGCUUCAUCCAGGAGAGGCCCUGUCAUCGGAUUUGAUUCUUGACUGAACAGCUGUGGGGUUACCCCAGCGAUCCCACCGUGGACCAGAGAAAGCUGGCCGCGAUAAUGAGCCUCAAGAAAGGAGUGGGUAGCACUAACAAAGUGAUUUUGGUUAAUUAAUUUGCGCUGACGAUACCUUGCGUUAGGCAAGAGAUCCGUCUGUUUGCAGCACCAACUCAGAUCCAGAUUUACAUUGUGGCCCGUGUGAAGUUUCAGAGACUGUGUGAGCAGGGUCUCCUCCCUUCCGUUUCUAUUUUUUUUCUGUGCCAGGGGCUACAGCUGCUGGCUGCAACGUUUUUUCUUCUCCCUCAUUGGUAAGGCUGUUUCUGAUUCUGCAGCCUUCCCUCCUUCACGUCUUGUUUACCUGGCCAUUCUUCAUUUUCUCCUGCAUUCUCCUACUCUUUUUUUUUUUUUCUUCUUUUCGGAGCAUUUUCUCAUGAGCAGUCCUGGCAUUGGGGAGCUUUCAGUUCUGUAACAACCAUGAUGUGCCGGAGGGGAGAGAAAAAGUGGCAUUUGUUCCAGGGCAGAGUCCAUUUAGUGAGGAGCGAUUGUUUUCUUUUUAACACAUUCUGUACUGGUCCACAUCAUUUACUGGAGUUUCAAGUAAUAUUAUGUGCUGUCCUUCUGCUUCCUGACUCUAAAAGUGUUAUAGGUGUCUUGAAUGGCCACAAGAUUUACUAAAUGGCUACCAGUUAGGAAGAAAUAGUCAUCCCUAGAAACGUAAAAGUCUGAAGUCGGUCAGCCACACAACAGCUCGCUGGAAUGCAGAAACAAACACUCAUUGGGUUAAUUUGCUCCUUAGUCAUUUUGUACCUACGAGUUGCCAUUUCAUCUAGAGCUGUGAAGUAUAUCAGAUCAGUAUCAAUAUGUGCAAUAUCACAAUCCUAAAGAACUGCUUUCAUGCAAUAUUUAAUAAGCUAUAUUAUUUUAGUUGCAAUGCAUGCGUUAAAUGUUCAUAAAAUGCUGCAAUCUCAUAGAUUUCCAUUUACUGUGGUUUUGACUCUUAUGAAAUAUGAAAGCUUUAUGACCCCUGAGAAAACCCGAAUAAAGCUAAGCACCUCCUGCUGGUACGUGGCAUUUAUAGUAGCAGCUCAACCAAAUUUCCUUACAAACAAUAGAUUUUAAAAAAAGUUAACAAAGUGGAUAUGACCACAAAGUGGUCGGUACAGAAUGUCCAACAGCAAACUGCUCCACUUUUUAUUCAGAAAAGUCCAUCAUGAAUUUACCAAAAACAAAGGUGCAAAGCAGCAACAGAGAGAAAUAACCACCUCACAAAAUACAUACAGUAUGACUGGCCUGCUUUACAAACUAGUUAGAAACUAUUUUAUUAGCUGCAAUGAUCCCUCGCCCCUGCAAACAAAAUAUAUGGACAUUCAACUGGGAUUGUGAGUUAACAGUUAAUGCCUUGUCUCGUUAUGUCAACACACAUUGACGAGAUCUAUCUUAUGACAGUCGUUACCUUUGGGCGGCUGCUGUUUUCAAAAGAAGACAGUGAUCAAAAAUGUUUAAUAAUUGAGGACCUAAAAUAUAACUUGAAAUAAAAGGAGUCUCUUGUGCUUCUCACAGAUGAUUACUUUCCUACCUGCAUCCAGAGGGGGAAUGUUUUUCUUCCUGGUAAUCGCUUCUGCAACAGAAUGAAUAAGCACUGCAUUUGCACAUAAAUACUCCCCACACUCAGAUUCCCUGAACUAGGUUUUCUAAUUUGCUAGCCCUGAGGAAAAGGGCUUGACACAUUUUAUUCAGGCUGUCUUUGACAGGGUGUCUGAUUCUUGGUUUUAGCUGUCAGAUUUAAGAAGCAUAGCUGCCAUUCGCAAUCCCCUCCCCCCGAACAAGAAAGUCCUGACGGGUCUCUGCGCAUCGAGGAAGCAGGCAGUCCCUCACCACAAGUCACUGUUCUGAGUACAGCUGACAGUCAAGUCCCUCCGGCCUGAUUUGACAAACCUCAUUUAAAGACAUGCUUGGAGCAUUUACAGUAAUAACUGAAUGCAAAAUGGCCAAUGUGUCAGCAUUGAUGUUUACAUUCAGACUUCGAUUGAGACAUUGAUUUAGCUGUUACAGUUAUUAAAUUAACAAGUAUUUAAUUAGUACCACCACCAGUUGUUGCUAAUGAAUGUACUCUAUUGAUUAUAUCUAUAGCUAUAAGGAGAAUAGGUAUAUAUGUUUGUAGCAUCAUUUUGCAAGUUUUUUUCCCACCAUCAACCCAAAUCAGACACUUUUUGUGGAAGUGUGUCAGGACUGUACAGAUUAGUGGAUUUCAGUCGUGGAUAGCUGAUGCUUCUGAGUCAAACAAGUUUGCUAGGCGGCGCUGUUGCUUAAAGCUUCAGUGCCAUCAAUGUUUUUGCCCUUAAUAGAAAAUAAUCGGGGCACAUUUUUUGACAUAAACAUCAUAUGCUGCUGAUGUGCGAUGGCCUUAAUAGAAACUGAAAGGUCAAUCUAUUAAGCUGUUUCCCUUAAUAUUAAAUUCCCGUUUUGUUUUUUAUCGUGCAUAAUACACCAGUGAUGCGUGUUGCCACUACUAGCCAAUAGUGGCCAUAUGUUUUGAUUGGCGUUAUACGUCACGGAUGUGUGUUGCCAUUUAGAUGGACGCAAAUCAGAAAACCUAAAGCAUUAUAAAGUAAAGCUUUAUUGAAAACAUAAGUACUUGAACUAAAACAUUACAAGAAACUUAAAAAGCUAACUAAACAGUUUUCUUUGUUAGCUAGCUUGAUUCGCUUAGCAUUAGCAAUGUGCUUAAGCUAAGUUUUGCUUUUUAAACCAAACCUCCAGGAGAAACGUAAAACUUCAUAUUUAUUUUAGAAUUAGGUGUUAUUACUAAACUUCGUAAGAUUCAUGCACAGCUUCACAUUGUACGGAUUUGAUUUUUUUCUGGUUUUUCUAUCCAAAUCUGAACGAAUCAGUAUUGCUUGCUAGUUUGAUGUGUGUUCCCAACUUCCAGUUUCUGCACCCAUGCAGACAGAAUCUAAUUCACCUCUCUGUCAAAAAAAUGGAGAGGAUAAAUAACAUAAAUCAAUGUGCUAUAUGCAGCCGCUGCAACGCGGUGGGAUGGUGAUGGAGGUUGAAAAUCUAUUACUUUAAAGCCUUCAGGGUAAACUAACCAAGCUCUGCAACAGAAACACAUAAACCUUUGUCACUAAGGAAGGGAAAUAAAAUGUAUCAUUUAAAUGCUUGUCGAACUGAGGAGAAACGGUGUGCAUGUAAUCAUACUGGGUUAGAUUGGCUUAAAGAAAUUUUGAGUGGAAAUGUAAUUUCAUUAUUUACCUCCUACAGUCACUACAAUCUGUGGCUCUCACUCCAUUUAUCAUUGGCAGUUUUUUUUCUUUGCUUGGGCUUAGUUAAGUUACAAAUAUAUUAGGUUUUCAGGUUAGCUACAAUUGCUUCUCAGCUUGCUAUCAAAGCCAGAGCUAUUAUUGCCGGUUCGAGCUUUUGCAAAAGUGAAACACCUGCCCGGACCUUUGUUUGGCCUCGUAAGGCCGGGCCCAAAUGAUUAAAUCUGACCUUUUUGCUGACCAUACAGCAAUGGCGGAUCCCGGUGGGGAAAAGCCGCAUCUGUGAGGGAUGCCGCCAGGUGCAGAAGCUAAUGCUCAGUCUGUGAAACUGAAUAUUAUUUCUAAUUCUUUCAGCGUGGGCACCCAAGGUCACAAUCUGCUGUCCCUUCUCUUCCAAUAACAAUGAAAACAAAAUGAAUAGUAGCUGUGAAAGAAAGGCUGAUUGGUUUCCAAGAGCAGAGCGUUGGCUCCUGCAGAGAACUGGCAGCGCGUCUGGAAAAUAAACACAGAUUUCAGCAAGGUUAUCAAGUCCAACGCUCAAAUACGCUUUCCUCACUGAACUCAGCAGCAUGUGGCAGCCGCUUGCUUGUGAUUAUUGCUCUGUCUAGUUACUGACACUCAAUUACCUUGUCAUCUUCCUCUCUUGCAGAAGCUAUUCAGUUUUUAAAUUUCUGCUUUUGCGGUAUGGAACAGGCCUGCUGCAAAUCAAUUUGGUUGGAUAAGUUCCGAUCACCUCUUAGAUAUGGAGGGGCUAAAUGAUUUAUUACUGUUUGCUCAUACAGGUAGAAGAUCUUUUUGGCCUUUCUCUUGUUCAUUAGAUAAACUAGUCUUUCAAGCUUUUAAAGAGUUGUAAAAAGUAUUUGCCCCCUUUCAUCCUUUAGUUUUUUGUCAAAGCUAUAUGUUUAAGAUAAACUUCUUUUCACAUUAGACAAAGCUAACUAGAGUAAAUGCAAAAUGCAGCUUUCAAUUCAUUAUUUUCAAUUAUUUAAAGAGAAUAAUAAUACAAGCCACCCUGGCUCUGUUUAAAAGGUAAUUGCCCACCCCUUCUUAAAUCAUUAGAUAACCAUGAUUAACACCAAUCAAUCUGGAAAGGUUUACAAUAUGACAUACAUUUUGUCUCCGGUGCCAGCAGUUGGGGUCUACUAGAGGUCUGUAUGGAUGCCUACAUGCAGCCCAACAAACCUCAGUGGGAGGUAUCAUCCGCAAAUGAAGAAAACACGAUGAACAGUGAUGAACCUUGCACCUGCCUACCAAAAUUACUCCAAGAGGGCAUCGCUGACUUUUUCUAGAGGUCACAAUAGGACCAUUAAGAAGAAUUCCUACCAACAGCCAAUCAUGUCGGUGGUGGUGUGAUCAUAGUGUGGGGCUGUUUAUGAGCCUGCCUGAAUUAAUUAAUUCUCCUAGUUCUAUCCUGAAGGUGUGCAGCAUAAAAAUGACCAAAAGCUCACAAAUAUGAUGUUAAAAUGGUUAUUAAAAAUGUUUUGGAGUGGCUUGGACUGAAAUCCAAUGACAAUGGUGUGGCAUGACCGUAAAGCUUGGUUUUAUUGUAUCUCGGAUUAUCUUUGUCUGAUAUUAAAAUUUAUUUGAUGAUUGAACUUUUUUGCGACAUAAAAGCAGAAACAAGAAAUCUGGAUGGGGACAAAUACUUAAUCACAGCACUGCAUGUGGAGUUCUGACUUUGCUUAUCUACUGACAGUCAACCUGAUUCAUAUUCUGUAAGGCAUUUAAAAGUAAUUAAUGGAAGCAUGGGAGCAUUUAGCAAUGGGUGGUCUCUUUCAGGUCUUCAUUAGAGCUGAACUCCCAAUGAUGCACAGAUGCAAUUUGCAAGUUUCUGGAUGGAACAAAUUCCCUUGACUCACCAGUCAAAUGUUUCACACUCAGUAUUUCAGCACAGUUAAAGGUUUUUACUUCUCCCAGCUCCCUGCAAGCCUACCGAGGACACUCACGGCAUUUAUAUGCAGGGCUUCCUAAGGAUUUUUAUGGCUGGCUAUCUUCCUAAACACUGGAUAAAGACUUUUUUGAAGGUGGCUAUUGACGCAGUCUACAUUAGGAUGAUUGGUUUUAGUUUUAGGUUUUCACUGGAGUCUUGACAAGGCAUGUUUGGGUGCUUCCUGCUGGACACAUUAACUGCACAUUUCAUUUGUAAAAUAUUUUCUCUGCAGAGUGCAGGAUUAAAAGUUUGGCUCUUCGUGAGCAUCUCGGUAAAAAUCAUGAACAGGAAUUUCAGCCUAAUGGUCCCUUGGGGCACCCAUACUGUGUUAAAUUGUUCAAUCAAAGUUGGGGCUGGUUUUUCUUCUCUUUUUUUUUUUUUUUUAACUGCAGACAGGCUUCAUCUCUUCUUUGCCUGUAUGUACAUUCCUAACAUAACUGAGAAUCGUUUUCUCGGCGGUGUGAGAUCGCAAUCGUCACAUCGUCCACCCGCCCCACUGACCGUCACUGCGCGCGCGCGUUAAAGGUUCCGCACACCUUUGGACUUUUGCAAACUCCUCCUCAUUGCAUGUUGUCUUAUUGAAGUCUCACACUGGGCUGGGCCUGAAUCAACAGUUUUUACUGUGCGUUUAGAGUAUUAUUUCUGUAUGCAGUAUGUGAAAAUGUUUUUAUUUCUCAUGACUAUUACAAUGGGUUUUAACCUGUGGAGAGGAAAAAAAAAGCUGAAAAAGAAACGACCAAAUAAAAUGUAACACUCCUGA